GAGACACUUGUCCAGGUGUAAGCACUGCAGCAAAGGAUCCCAGGUCCCAGCCUGUCUCAGCAGCAUGUGUCAAUACCUCAUUCCUUUUUAUGACUAAAUAAUAUUAUGUCGUUUGGAUAGACCACCUUUUGUCUAUCCAUUCAUCAGUCAAUGGACAUUUCAAAUAUUAUUAAUACUCCAGUUCUCGGGUUCUGUAAUUCCAAACCAUGGCACCCUGUCUUUCAGGGACAAAGCAUACCAAAAACACUGCCUCUAUUUGGCCACGACUCUCUCGGGUUCCCUCUGGAGGAGGGAGCGCCUGUUCUUUGCGGGAGAACACAGCCCUAAGCAUGUAGAGACCUGCUGAAGACCCUACGGCUUCCAAGAAAACCUGGGAUUUAUUAUUCCAGAUUCAAGGGCCACUGGGCCAACCUAAGAAAUCCUGUCUUUUGCGGAGCCGGAUGCUCUGCACCAUUUCCUCGCGGCCCCUCCCAGGACCCUCGAAGGGAGCGAGACUGUCGGGAGCCUCCUGCUCCGGCGGAUCCUCUCCCCGCGGGCCUCCGGCCACGUGGUGGCACCCAGCCAAUCAGCGCGGGGCGUCCGUAGUCUCGGCAACAGUUGCGUCCAAGCUCUGCAAGUCACGGGUCUCUGGCAAACUUGGUAUUACUGAUUUUCUGGUACCCAAUACCCCCGCGCAAGCAAGCACACACACACACACACACACGCACAUUCACACACUCUCUUCAGCACCGCUCCCGGCGCCGCGACCAUGGACUAUUCUUCGGAAACGUACGAGGCUGUGUUCCCGUCUCUGCUCCGGUUCUACCAGUCUAAGUCCUUGGUUGACGACGAAAGUGCCAGCAAGGAGCUCGUGUUCAACCCUGAGACGGUCAUCGCCCGCUGCUUCAAGCAGUUCAAGCAGGACGACUUCCACCCGCCUCAGAGCCCCCGCAGGAUCCUCAUCUUGCCCCGAAAGGAGGCUCUGAUGCCCGUCAAUCCCACCCCUCAACCCCAGGCUCCCCCCGAGCCCACCCCCAGCUCCAAAGCCCUGGAAGUUGGGGACAUCCAAGAACAGCCAGAGGACCCAAGGGCCUGGCUCACCCAGAGGCUGAGGGUACGGCAGGACCUGGAGUCAUUUGGCAACAUAGAGAGGUGGCUGCAGAACAAGUCCAGACUGACGCCUUCGGAGGCCAAGGUCCUACACGAGAGCCACAAGGAGCGUGAGGCCCGGCUGAUGCGCCAGCUGGCCACUCCCAGAGACACCAAGAAGAAAAGCCUGCAACCCCUCCACCGGCAGGUGCCCCAGCUACAAGUGCCCAAACCCUCUGCCCUGUCGGCCUUGUACUCUUACCUGUGCAGCCACAAGAUCAAGAUCCAGGAGAUAUUUCACAAGGUGGAGUGGGGCAAGAAACAGAGGAUAUCCAGGGAGGAGUUCAUCACGGUUCUGAAGGCAGUUGGAGUCCCUCUGAAAAUCCGGGAGGUGGAGGACAUCGUGAUCUAUCUCAGCUCUCUGGGAAAGCACAACAGCAUCACCGUGGAUAACCUGGCCAGCACCUACAAGCAGUGGUCUUUGGCUCAGCAGAAAAGCACCCUGGCAACUGCAGCAGCGAACUACAGGUCUGCCAAUGACAGUGGUUCUCCACAGAGUCCAUCCAAGAAGCAGCAGGUGAAUUUAGCCCCCGAACCCCUCAAGAUGGACCUGCUGCCCAUGCCCGUGGUCAACACCGAGAUGGAGGCUCAGCCCGUGACCCCGGAGGAGAUGGAGGAUGUGGGCAAGCGGUACCGCGAGAAGAAGCAGCAAAACAAGCUCCCCACCCCCUCCAUCCAGUACACUGAGCAGUGCCGCCUGGUGCACAGCGGGAGCAAGCACUUUGAUGAGCACUGCCUCCCGUCCACCAUCCACGGGGAGAUGGAGGCGGUCCUCAACAGGUCACGCACCGGCACCUUUCUGGUCUACCUGCAGUGCUGGAAGCUCUGCAAAUCCUACCGCCUCCCGCUGACCGAGGACAUCCUCGUGAGAGCCCUGAUGUACCCGGAGGACAAGAUCAUUUUCCAGGAGGACCAGGUGCUUCCAAUCCGGCAACCGGGAGGCUACUACUCGGACCUGAAGAUCAUCAGUCCGACCCUGGCCCUGCUCCGAUCCCAGGGCGUUUCCAGACCUGUGGCUCAGAAGCCUGGCAAGCUGAAGGUCCCCCGGAAAAUCAAGAAAGUCAGCUUUAAGAAGUUUGAGGAAUUCACCAGGAAGCUGAAGGUGAAGAGGCCCAGUGGUCCGCAGCCAACCCAUCCCAAUUUCUUCUGGCCGGGUCACCUCCUGGACAAGCUGAAGCUCUACCUGCCCACUGUGACCGUGGACCGGAGCCUGGCGCUCUUCAGUUGUGUCCAACACCAGUCCCAGGCCUACUCAGCCACCUACCAUCCCGACCACUGGUGGCCCAUUAAGGACAUGAACUACAUGACCUAUGCCUAUUACGAUGCCCCCAAGAUCUACCACAUCAACUAGACUGGCCCAAGUGUCGCCAAACCUAGCCAUCCUGGGGCCGGGUGCCAGUGUAGCUAGCAGCCCAGAGCCGUAGACACAGGGAGGGUAUCAAAGAGCCAAACAAGAGAAGUCGUUUCAGUGGGAAGGCCCGGGCCAGCUCUCUCCAGACUCAAAGCAUGCAGUGUCUCAGAGGGUGGGUGUGUCCAGGGAGAGAUGUGGUUUUUGAGCAUUUCCCUCUCCUGACCUCUGUCCUUUUGAAAUAAACCACGUUGGAGUUUU